UAUUUCCAAUACACACUACUGCUUUCCAGAAAUGUGAACGUGGAUUAUUCAAGACUUGCAAAUAAUAUUGCAUUAUAUGUAUAUAAAAGGCAGUAGCCAUUCGUUGCAUCGAUCAGAAUAGAAUCUGUUGAGAAAUGGAGACUUGUUUUGCUAAAAAUGUCAUUUUUGUUUGGGUUGUGGCUAUCGCUUUAUCCCCUUUGGCUUGUGGUAAAGGAUGCACCAAAGAACAGACGAUAGCUCUCUUGGAGAUCACCAACUCUACAAAUGGUUCAGCCUUUGCGGGUUGGGACGGAAGGGAUUGUUGUGAAGCGAGUGGAAUCCUUUGUGGCGGUAUUGCUGGAGGAGUUAGGGCAAUAAAUUUGGUAGGAGAGUACGCUUCAUCAAGAAGUACAUGGUAUCCAAAUGUAACCCUAUUCACCUUAUUUGAUGAACUCGAAGAUCUAUCACUAUAUGACAUGCAAAUUGGAGGAGGGCUCCAAGCUUUUUGCGAACUGAAGCGAUUAAAUCGUCUAUUUUAUUUGGAUCUUCAGAAUAAUAGAUUGGAAGGCGUUAUUCCCUCUUGUCUUGGGAUGAUUUCAAAUCUCCAAUACCUUAAUCUUUCGGGUAAUCACUUUCAUGGUAAUCUACCUCCAUCAAUAUUCUCCAAACAAAGCAAGAUUAAGUUUUUUGAUGUUUCGGCCAAUCAAUUAGAUGGGGUUUUAUCAUUUUCUACUUUUGCCAAUGCUUCAAGUCUCAUGUACCUUGAUCUUUCAAGCAACUACAAUUUGGAAAUUGAAACCGAAUCUCCCUCAUGGGUUCCAACCUUUCAACUAAAUUAUCUGAACUUGGCGAAUUGCAGCCUCAACAAGAAGAAUGGUCACGUUAUCCCAAGUUUCAUCACCACCCAAGUUUUAUUGUAUUGGCUAGACUUGUCUCACAACUUAAUAGAGGGAAGCAUACCUUGUGAGUUGCUAUUCAACUCGAGUAUCAGAGUUUUAUCCUUGGGAAGUAACAAAAUUGAUGGUUCUCUUUUUCUCAGUUGCAGUGCUAAUCGAACUUCAUCACUUAAAUUCUUCGACAUGUCAUAUAAUGAUGUCAAAGGUUCUCUUCCCGAAAAUAUUGGACAUCUUCUUCCAAAAUUACUUCAUGUUGACAUUUCCUCAAAUGCAUUAGAGGGCAUCAUUCCUUGGUCUUUUGGUAAUCUUUCUUUUGAAGCAUUAGACCUUUCUAAUAACAUGCUCUCAGGGACAAUACCGCAAAGUUUGACUAGAAAUGGCACCCCACUGGUAUAUCUUAAUCUAUCAAACAAUACAUUGAAAGGAGAAAUGCUCCCAAAGGACUCCAACAUGACAAGUUUAAAGUUCUUACAACUCAGCGGCAAUCAAUUUCAAGGAAUGAUCUCACCCGCGAUAUCAAACAGUCCCUCUCUGGAAAUCCUAGAUAUUCGAAAAAAUAACUUGUCUGGUAAUAUUCCAAAGUGGUUGUAUGAUCAUUCUUCCUUGGCGGCAAUUCUUUUAAGUGGAAAUCACUUUGAAGGUCCCCUACUCCGAAAAAUGUGUCAAAUGGAAAGUUUGAAAGUUUUUGAUAUCUCUGAUAAUCAUAUUUCAGGAGGUAUUCCCUCCUGCCUUGAUAACAUUACAUUCUGGAAGAAGAGUUCUCCAAGCUUUAACUAUUUCAGAAAAAAGGGGAGACUGUAUUACCUGAAACAUCCAAUUGAAAAAGACUUAAAAUUAGAAAUUAUAACGUCCUUGCAAAUAAAACAUGAGGAAUAUACUUUCAAAGGUAUCCCAUUCUCGUUGAUGACUUUAAUUGACUUGUCAUCUAACCAAUUGACAGGGAGCAUUCCUUCUGAAAUGGGAGAAUUGCCACAGCUUCGAUCCUUGAACUUGUCGAAUAAUUUUCUAACUGGCCCCAUUCCAAAUUCUUUUAAAAACUUGAAAAAUGUGGAAAGCUUGGAUCUUUCCCACAACAAGCUGAGUGGUGGAAUCCCUUAUGAAUUUGUUGGAAUGACUUCUCUAUCAGUAUUUACUGUUGCCUAUAACAAUCUUUCUGGAAGAGUCCCAUUUGAGAAGCAAUUCUCAACUUUCGGGACGCAAUGCUAUGAUGGAAAUCCGGAUCUAUGUGGAGAACCUCUGAAGAGAAACUGCUCAACUACAAACCAACUUGAACCUGGACAUGAAGAUGAAAAGGAAGAUACUAGAAUAAUUGAUAGCCCUUUAUUCUUCUAUGCAUUUGUUGUUGUCUCUUAUGCAUUCGGAUUUUGGGUUUUCUUUGGGAUCCUAAUCAUUAACAAGAAUUGGAGGCAUAUCUAUUUUAGAGCUGUGGACAGAAUUAUUGAGUCAUGUUUUGAAAUGCUCUUCAAGUAUUGGUGAUUCACAACCAUAUAUGUACUUCAAAGUAAUGCUUAUCUUCAAUAAAGAUGUUGUAUGGCAAAGUGCUUCUAGCUUA